AUGGACCUUAUACCACAAAAUCCCCCGGAGAUGAAUCAACAGAUUGAAGAGGUUCUUCGACAAGUAGGAGCCUUAAAGGCAGAGGAAAUCACUGAAUCCAUUACAAACGUUACUAAUACCACGAGGCCUAACAAUUUUUCACCAGAUGACUAUUCUCAACCAUUAAGAAAUGAUACUGUGCCUGCAGAGGAACAUUCUCAAAUGCCAAUUAAUAUUGUCCCUGCAGAAAAUGCACCAUCUCAAGUUAAUCCAUCAACAACCACACAAGGAGCUAAUCAGCCAUCCAAUUUCAGAUGGUUAGAACAGAAAAGCAAAGCACUAAUGGUCGUGGCAUCGCUCAUCGCGACAAUGGCUUUCCAGGCCGGGUUAAGCCCACCAGGAGCAGUUUGGCAAGAUGAUGCAACUCAGGAUUCUUCAGGAAAUCCUGCACCAAAUCCACACAAGGCAGGCGAAUCCGUUAUGGCUUACCAUCAUCUCCAUUACUACAAGUAUUUCCUUCGGUUCAACACGACUGCCUUUGUUUCAUCCCUCAGCAUAAUCCUGAUGCUCAUCAGUGAACUACCCUUCAAGCAUGAGAUCUUCAUGUGGUUCUUGGUGGGUGUUAUGUGGUUAACGGCUACUACAAUUGCACUAACUUAUGGUAUAUCAAUUGCAUAUGUUACACCAGAGAUGGAUAAGGAACAACUUGGUCAUGUGAUUGAAAUUGCCGUAGCUGCAUGGUGUGGUGUGAUAACUCUUGUUCUCCUGGGGAAAACUGCCUAUUCCUUGCACCAAUGGUGGAAAAAUGGAAGAAGAAUAAGGUGGCCGAUGACAAAGAGGAAUUCACUUGUUCGGAACCAUGGAAAUCAACUAAGUAUAGCAUCAACUUCAUUCGUCUAA